AUGCAGGAGUUACAAACUAUUCAUUCCACUCUUCAUUACAUAACCAUAACCGAUGGUGAAGCUGAAUGGAAAGAAGCAUAUAAAGUCCUCAUUAAGUUCUGCUUGAGAGAAGGUGGCAAAUGGGACCCAAAAUCAUGCACCCCCGUGAUAAUUUUAUCGUAUAAUAUUCGCGGUGGUGGGAAUCGGGCUAAACGCAAGAGAGUUGGAUUCCUAAUUCAAAAAGGCGAUGUUGAUAUUUGUUUUAUUCAAGAAACAAAACUUAGUGGAAUUGGUGUGGAUGUGAUUAGAGAGUUGUGGGGAGGAGUUGAUGUUGAAUGGUCCUACUUGGAUGUUAAUGGAGCCUCGGGUGGUAUUUUAACUAUGUGGAAGAAAGAUCUCUUUUCCCUCAUUUAUAGUUUUAGGGGAGAAGGUUUUCUAGGUCUAUGUGUGGAGAAGGAAGUUACUAGGAGGAGAACUUGGAAUUAUUUAUGUGAGUUUAAGAACAACAAUGCGGUUGGAUCUUGGUGUAUUGGGGGCGAUUUCAACUCGAUCUCCACUCUCGAUGAAAGAAUUGGAGUUAACACUAGUGAUUCUAGUAGGGAUUUAAGAUCCUUCAAUGAAUUCAUAAAGGAUAUGGAGCUAGUGGAUCUCCCUACAAUAGGUGGAAAGUUUACUUGGUUCAAAAGCAACGGGAAGGCUAUGAGUAGGCUUGAUAGAUUCUUAUUAUCGGAGAGUCUUGUUGAUGAUUGGAAGGUGGAUGGUCAAUGUAUAGGAGAGAGGGAUGUGUCGGAUCAUGCUCCCAUUUGGUUGAAAAAUAAUAGAAAGGAUUGGGGUCCUAAGCCGCUUAAGUUCAACAAUUUAUGGUUUAGGCAUGAAGAGUUUUUUAAAUUUGUGGAAGAUGUGUGGGAUAAAAUAGAAGUUAAAGGUAGAGGAGAUUAUUGCUUGGUUCAAAAGUUGAAAAUUCUUAGAAGCCGGAUCUCUUGGUGGAACAAAACGGUUUAUGGGUGGAUUGAUCUCAACAUUGACAAAGACGUGAAAGAGUUGCAUUCUUUAGAUAACUUGUUUGUUCAUUUUGCAGGUAAUGUUCCGGAAGAGGUGGUUGAGAAAAGGUUGAAAGUGGUGGAGGAUUUGUGGAAUAAUCUUAACAAAAAGAAGGGCUUCUUAGAUUAA